AUGAGCCCACCUAGCCUAUCAGCGGCGGGCGACCUCGACGUCCACGGUGACAUGGCAUCAACGCCUCCACCACCGUCAUCAACGUCGUACCAUACCAACGACGUCGCCUCCACUACCUCCGUCACGCUCACUAAAGAGCAAUUCGACGAGCUGAUCAGGAACCAGCGCCCCGCACGGGACGACGACGCAUUCUCCAUGCGUCAGCGCCUACCCCCAGCCAACCCUCCGGUCUUCCCCGACGACUCGAAACUUACGGAGGACAAUUACGUUGACUGGGUCCCCACGAUGCCGCCAUGCCCGCCCUCUUGGGCUGGAUUCAACGCUCGGACGAAUCGAGCGACGGUCCCCGUUGCGAAGGCGGUCGUACCGACCAAACGCUCUGCACCAGGCAAGAAGGGAAAAUGGGAUCGUUCUGGUCCUGCCCCGAGCAACUGCCCAACUUGUGGUCAAGGCAAACACUGGCUCGACAAGUGUCCGGAAUCGCGCAAGCGAGCCAAGUACCUCGAGCUCAAGAACGCCAUGAAGGAACUCCAAGGCUCAUCAUCGCCUGCGUCCACGUUCGUGGCCACCGAGGCAGCAUCCAAGGAUCAACACCUGUCCGUCGUUUCUUCUGCUACGUUUGUCAACAUCGGGCCACCGGCGUAAAUCCUUCUGCUAGACUCGGCGUCGGCGUGCCACGUCGUCAACGAUGCGUCCUUCUUUGACGGCCCCCUUUCGCCUACCCCGCAAGUCCUGCAAGGUCUAAGGGGAACGGUGAAGGCCUCGGGAAUCGGCUCGGUCAAGCUCGUCUCCGAUAAUGGUACCAGGUUCACCCUCAACGACGUGAUCUACGCCCCCGAGAGCCCUGCCAACCUCAUCUCAGUCCGGGCCUUCGACCGCAAAGGCGUUCGCAUCACCUUCGAACACGGACAAGUCGAGCUCCGCACGCCGCAAGGGUGCAUCGCCACAGCAUCAGCCAUCGCGUCCUGCGUUUACAAACUCAACGCUUCGGUCCAAGCUGCCAGCAAAGAUGCGCGACACACCCUCGUUGCCACCAAGUCCAAUAGGCUACCUUUACUUACCCUUCACCGGCGCUACGGCCACGCCUCUGUCCAGACACUUAAAAAACUGGCGGCCUCUGGCCAGGUGGAGGGUUUAGAUUGGCCCUAUAGUGACUUCGAGUGUGAUGGCUUCACCUGCAACGCGUGCCUUGCCUCCAAAGCGCAUCGUUUGCCUUUCCCCUCUUCGUCGUCGCAUGCCGCGGAACCACUCGCAUUGGUGCACUCGGACGUCUUAUCUUUCCCCGAGGAAUCCUUAGGCCAUAAGCGAUACCUCGUCACGUUCAUCGACGACUUCUCGAGGAAGACUUGGGCUUACCCUAUCGGGCACAAGAGCGAGGUCCUUCAGACAUUCAAGGAUUGGCUUCUGGAGAUCGAAAACGCCACGGGUCGCAGGGUCAAAACACUUCGCUCGGACAACGGGGGCGAGUAUGUCUCUACCGCUUUCAACGGCUAUUGCGUGGCCCGCGGAAUUCAUCGCGAAUUGACCAUACCGUACACACCCGAGCAAAACGGUCGGGCUGAGCGAGCCAACCGGUCGAUCGUCGAGGGCACCCUGGCUCUACUGUCUCACUCGGGACUCCCACGAUCGUGCUGGGACGAGGCUGCCAUGUGUUACAUUCACGCCAAGAACCUCUCGCCUCACGCGGCCCUUGGUGGAGCCAUCCCAAACAGUCGUUGGUCGGGCCACACACCAAGCGUAGGGGGUCUUCGGGCAUUCGGUUGUCGCGCUUGGACCACCGUGCCGGCUCACCGACGGGACAAGCUCGACCCAAAAGGGAUUCCUCUGGUCUUCGUCGGGUACGAUCGACACGCGAAAGCCUACCGUCUUCUCGAUCCUUCCUCCAUGCGUGUGAGUCUGGGCCGCAAUGUGACGUUCGUAGAAACCGAGUUCCCCUUCGCUAUCGCGCCCACCCGAGUGACGCAGCCGUCCAUCCCGGGUUACGCCCCCCAGCCCCCACCCGUCGAAGCUCCAACACCCGUCGAGCCUCCCCCACGGCCACCGGCCCCAACGCCUGUCGAGGCACCCGCGUCGCCCGCAUCGACCAGCUCGGCCGACAACGACGACGCCUCAUCGACCACGAGCGCAACGACGGAGUCAGCCGUGACCCUGCCGCAACCACCUCCGGAUCCAGGUCCACUCGCCAAAGUCAAGCCGACUUGGGAGUACGGCGACGUCGCCAAGGUUGGUCCCGAUCCAGGGAAGUACGGUGAAGUCGACGCUCGAAACAUCAUUGAUGGCCCCCGGACUCGCCGCCAACCCGUUCCCACCAUGAUCACGCGGGAACAGCCGGUCGAAGACCCCGACGGACCCACCGCCUCUUUCAAGAGCCUGCUCCUUGCCUUCGCAUCCACCAAGGCUGGCUUCGCGGAUCAUGACUUGUCGGUUGUUCGCGAUCCGGCAAAUUGGGGCGACGUCAUUCGAUCGGGACAAGAGGACGUUUGGGGCGCUCCGGCACAGGAUGAAUUCGAUUCGCUUCUGAACGAUUACGAGGUCUUCCAAAUCGUCGAAUCCUGUGAGCUCCCCGCGGGUGAGAUCCUCCUGCGGUCAGGCUGGGUGUUCCGGACUAAACGCAGCCAGCAUGGCGACAUCACCGAUCACAAGGCCCGACUUGUUGCUCACGGAUGUGCCCAACGCCCUGGCCUUGACUUCGAGAAGACCUACGCCCCUGUCGUCAAAUUCACGUCCAUUCGAGCCCUCAUCGCACUCGCCGCGGCCAACGGCUAUCACGUCCAUCAGGCCGACGUCAACAAGGCGUACUUACACGGCAAACUUGACAAGCCUCUCUACAUGCGCGUCCCUCAGGGCAUCAACCUGCCCGGCAAGAUCCUCAAGCUGUCCAAAUCCAUCUACGGCCUUCGCCAGGCCGGCACCAUCUGGAACACCGAGAUCGACUCGACUCUGCGGUCCCUCGGAUACGUCCCCACCAGGUCGGACAUCUGUAUCUACCGCUGCGAACACAACGGGUACUCACACUAUAUUGCCUUGUACGUCGACGACUUGCUUUUGGUUGGUCCCUCUACCGCCGAAAUCGAACGGGUGCUUGAUGCGCUGGAACUCGCAUACGGCAUCAAACGUCUCGGACCUGCCGAAUAUAUUCUAGGCAUCCAAGUCAAACGUGGACAAGAUGGUUCUAUCACACUCUCACAAGAGUGCUACCUUCGGGACAUCCUUGCCAGGUUCCAAUUCACCGAUGCCAAGCCGGCAAGUAUUCCAAUGCAGCCAGGUGUCGUCCUUGACUUCGAGGACUUGGCGGCCACUCCUCAGGAUCGUACACGCUACUUGCAGGCCAUCGGUUCGUUGAUGUACGCCGCAGUUGGAACUCGUCCGGACCUCGCCUUCGUGGUCAGCUACCUCGCUCGCUUCUCCCAGCAGCCUGGCCCGGAGCAUUGGACAGCCAUCAAGCAGGUCCUCCGUUACAUCAAAGGCACGCUGGACUUGGGCCUCACCUAUCGCAAGACCAGCCAACCACUCCAUGGCUACUCGGAUGCGAACUGGGGAGCCUGUCUAACGACCUCACAAUCGACCAUGGGCUACGCGUUCAUCUUGUCCGGAGCCGCUAUUGCUUGGUGCUCCAAACGCGAGCACAGGGUGGCCAAGUCCACUACCGACGCAGAGUACCUCUCUCUUUCGUACACAAGCGGUGAUGCCAUCCACCUGAGCGAACUCCUGGCUGAAAUUGGCGCUCCGGUCUCCGGUCCAGUCGUACUCUGCGGGGACAACCAAGGUUCGCUGGCUCUUGCGCAGCACCCGACCAACCAUCAGGGGUCUUGUCAUGUUCGCAUCUCGGAACAUUACGUCCGCGAGAGGGUAGCUGAGAAGGAGAUCGAGGUCCGCUACAUCGCCACCGGCGACAUGUUUGCCGAUAUUUUCACCAAAGCCUUGGGUCCCAAGCCGUUCAUCUUCCAUCGGGAGAAUUUGGGUUUGCGAGGUGCAGUGGUAUGACAGCACGGGGGGGUGUCAAUAUAUUGCUGUUUCAUCCCACUGGUAUUCCCAAUUAUGAUUGGUUACUAGUUGUUGAUAUUAGACGCCUCGCGCGUCUCGAGCCUGCCUCGCGCGCGCUCCCUUAGCGCUUAUCUUCUUUCUCCAACUAUCUUUACUAUCAUCAUCGGCUCUCGUACUUACGUACUUCGUGCCUCGGCUUCAGCUCGUGAAACAUAACACCCCUCCUCACCAUUCGGCGGCGCGGCGAAUCCGAUACGUUCGGUCUCGCUCGGCGGUGCACCGGCUCAUCCCUUGACCCCGUCCUUGGCCAUCCAAUCACUGGGAUCUCGAUUCACGCAACAGUUUGGAGAACCUCCCACGUGCUCGGUAUCAUUGCGCAACAUCGUCGUCGCUGCUUCGGGAGCUCGUUCGACCGAUGAGAAUGCAAGGCUCCUAUUGGUGGGUACGACAUCGGGACUUUGGCUCGUUGAUCUUGCUUCGCCGCGCAAUGAAGGGCAGAUGGAAGUUCUUCCUCUGUGGGAUGGUAUGGGGAUCGUCCAAAUGGAGCUGUUUGAUCCGAAUGUUCCGCAAGAGUCGGGGGUGCUCUUGACGCUUGUCAAGAGACCGAUGGGUGGGGAGCUCGAGUUGAGGAUGUGGAGUCUUGCGAAUUUGAUCAACCUUGUUCGAUGGAGGCUCACGAAUACGGUGAGCCCCAAUAUAACAGGGCUGUUUGUUGGAAGUUAUUGAGCUCAUGCGGUCGCUCUCUGGCUCCUUGUUGCAUAACCCUUUCUUCCCGCGCGGCUGUUUACUCUUGAUAGCUUUCUCAUCACUCGCUCUACAUUGUGGUCCUGACUUCUCGGCGUCGUGCACCCUCACCUAUCGGAAGGCUUUAUUUCCACGCUCGCCUCUUUUCUGCGAUAAUUGCUGAUCCCCCAAAGUGGGGGCAGCUUAUCUUUUUUUAAGCUGUGCCAGGUCCCGGUCUUGACCGCGUCGUCCUCGUCACCUCCGCGCAAACCUCGCAUCUGCUUGUACCUCAUCAUUGCUACUUCGAAAUCCAUCUUCAUCCUCAAUUCAGCUCCUCCUUCCUCUUCGAGCGAUUCGAGCCGCAAGUGGACCGCCUGCAGGGAGUUUUAUUCUCCGGCGAUGCCUCGCUUCGUCGACCUCGUCAAGACAAACUCCCUCCUCCCAUCGUUCACAGCGGGCUUCCCCACCGGGACUUUGCCACCUAGAUCUGCUCGGAUGGUCGAAGAUGACCUCUCUAUCCUCCUCGGAAUGUCUUCCAAUGUUGUUCUCAUUCGACUUGUCGACUCAUCCGUCCACGAAAUCACCAUCCCGAACAUUCAAACUCGAAUGCGCAGCCGUCGAUCCUCUUUCAGCGUCUCGCACGAUUUCUUGGGACGAGCUUCGUCGACGCUCAAAAUGGGUAGAUCGGUUUCGUUGCAGAGGAAAGCACGCGCGGGAGUUGAGAGAGCGCCCUCGAUGCUCAUGAGUUAUGGGAGGCCUCCUUGCUAG